GAUAUGCACACUCCAAACACCUGCAUUUGUUCACUUGCAUUUCAGCCUGUAACAGCCAUGGGUUACCGUUAAGUCACUGUUGUAACGGUCAUUACAACGUCGUAUGUGGUAGUUGCCAUUGAGACUUUUAAGUUAUUUUGGAUCAAAUCCUCACAGUUCAUCGGAUCAAAUGUUUUAUUUUCAAUCAGUGGGUGUUGACUGAAAAUGCAACACAUUUGAGCCGGGGAUUUUAAACGUUUCGCCGCUUUUUCGUGGAGAUUUAUUUUUCAACAAGGUUUUCAUUUCUUCCAUUUUAUCGACGAAGUGCAAAUCGGUCGGAAUGUAGCAGGAGGCUGCAACUUUGAAUCCGCGAACAGCGACUCUCUGGUGCCGAGCAGAAGCAGAAGAUUUAGACAUCUGUAGGCUACCCUCGUGGCCGUUACCAUGACAACAUCUGGAGCCCGGCUUCUCCUUGUGGCCCUGUGUGUUUACAGUGGCCAGGGCCUCCAGCAGUCAGCUCCCCGUGUCCGCCUGUCUUUCAAAGAGCUGCUGGACACGCGUGCGGCCCGGCCCUUCAGCUUCGCCUUCAACACCAGCGACUACCGAAUCCUCCUGAUGGACCAGGACCAGGGCCGGCUGUACCUGGGCAGCCGGGAGUACCUGGUGGCCCUGGACAUGCAGAACGUCAACAAGGAGCCCCUCAUAAUCCACUGGCCGGCGUCUGCGAAAAGAAAGGGAGAAUGUCAGAUGACAGGAAAGGGAAGACAGGGUGAAUGUGCCAACUUUGUGCGGUUAAUAGAGCCGUGGAACCGCACCCACCUCUACACCUGUGGCACGGGGGCCUACCAGCCCAUCUGCACCUUCAUCAACCGGGGAUGGAGGGCGGAGGACUACCUGUUCAGACUGGUCCCCGGGUAUGCGGAUUCAGGGAAGGGGAAAUGUUCCUACGAUCCGAACCAGGAGAACAUUGCCGUUCUGAUCGACGGCAAUCUCUACGCAGGGGUCCACAUCGACUUCAUGAGCACGGAUGCUGCUCUGUUCAGAACCAUGGGGGGCCGGACAGCAAUCAGGACGGAGCAAUAUGACUCUCGGUGGCUCAACGAGCCGGUGUUCCUGAAGAUCCAGCAGAUCCCAGACAGCGCAGAGCGGAAUGACAACAAGCUGUACUUCUUCUUCCGUGAGAAGAGCCUGGACUCAGUGAGCGGGGCGAGCCCCAGCGUCCUGGCCCGCGUGGGGAGAGUGUGUCUGAACGACGAGGGGGGGCAGAAGUCUCUGGUGAACCGCUGGACCACGUUCCUGAAGGCCCGCCUCAUAUGCUCGGUGCUGGGGGAGGACGGGGUGGAGACGGCCUUUGAUGAACUCAGGGAUGUGUUCAUUCAGCCAACGCAGGAUGAGAAGAACCCAGUGGUGUACGCUCUGUUCACCACCGCUGGCUCUGUGUUCAAGGGCUCAGCAGUCUGUGUGUACUCCAUGGCUGACAUCCGCAACGUCUUCAACGGACCUUUUGCCCACAAACACGGUCAUAACUAUCAAUGGACAGAAUAUACCGGAAAGAUACCAUACCCCCGGCCUGGCACUUGUCCAGGGGGUACUUUUACGCCUGGCAUUGACUCAUCCAAGGACUUCUCUGACGAGGCGGUGAACUUCAUGCGAGCCCACCCCCUCAUGUUCAACGCUGUAUAUCCUAUCCAUCGUCGCCCCCUAGUGGUGAGGAGCGGUGUAGACUACCGGUACACCGCCAUGGUAGUGGACCAGGUAGAUGCCGUAGAUGGCCGCUAUGAGGUGCUGUUUCUGGGGACAGAUCAUGGCACUGUCCAAAAGGUCAUCGUUCUGCCUAAAGACCCCACUAACCUGGAGGAGCUGACUCUGGAGGAAGUCGAGGUGUUCAGGAACAAGGCGGCCGUGAAGACAAUGAAAAUAUCUUCCAAAAGACAACAGCUGUACGUGUCCUCUGACGCCGGGCUGACCCAGGUGUCCCUGCACCGCUGCGGGGUGUACGGCCGGGCCUGCUCCGACUGCUGCCUGGCCCGGGACCCCUACUGCGCCUGGGACGGGGAGACCUGCUCUGCCUUCACCCCCUCCACCAAGAGGCGAAGCCGAAGGCAGGACGUCAAGCACGGUGAUCCGCUGCGACAGUGUCGAGGUUUCAAUGCCAAGGAGAACCGGCAGAAAGAGAUGGUGCAGUUUGGAGUUGAGGGCAGCAGUACAUUCCUGGAGUGUGAGCCACGCUCUCCACAGGCCUCCGUCAAAUGGCUCUUCCUCCGAGAAGGGAGGAGGAAAGUGCUCAGUCGGGCCGGCGGAGUUCUCAAAACCAACAACGGCAUCCUCCUGAAGGCGCUGAACCAGUCGGACGCCGGGCAGUACCACUGCCUGGCCACGGAGAACAACUUCAAGCACACGGUGACGCGCAUCGCCUUGCGCAUCCUGGACCGGGACAUCGUGCUGGCGCUGACCUCCCGCGACCCCGACAAGGAGCCCCACGCUCCGCCCAAAAGCCCGCCCCACGCCGCCCACCCGCACGCACCCCCGUCCGCCCCCGCCGCACCCACGCCGUUCCCGCCGGAGAUCAGACUGAUCCACCAGUACUGCCAGUCCUACUGGGAACAGAUGAGCUCAAAGCAGCAGCAGCAGCAGCAGCAGCCGCCGCGGCGGCAGCAGACCCGCAAACGCACCAGCCGCAGGCACACAGAGAGCCAGGAGAAGGGCCUGGGCUAG